AAUUUCCGUGUGGAUGUUGUUCAUAUGGAUGAAAAUACACUGGAGUUCGACAUGGUGGGAAUUGAUGCUGCCAUUGCUAAUGCUUUCCGGAGAAUUCUGUUAGCUGAGGUGCCAACAAUGGCAGUGGAAAAGGUUCUGGUUUAUAAUAACACAUCCAUUGUCCAGGAUGAGAUCCUUGCUCACCGCCUGGGGCUCAUCCCCAUUCUUGCUGAUCCACGUCUGUUUGAAUAUAGGAACCCAGGGGAGGAAGAAGGAACGGAGAUAGACACACUGCAGUUUCGGCUACAGGUCAGGUGUACCAAGAACCCCAAUGCUGCUAAGGAUUCCUCUGAUCCCAAUGAACUCUAUGUGAACCACAAAGUAUAUACCAGGCAUAUGACAUGGGUCCCCUUGGGAAACCAGGCUGAUGUCUUCCCGGAGGGUACGAUUCGCCCAGUUCAUGACGACAUCCUUAUUGCUCAGCUUCGGCCUGGUCAGGAGAUUGACUUGGUUAUGCACUGCGUCAAGGGCAUUGGCAAAGAUCAUGCCAAGUUCUCACCCGUGGCAACAGCCAGCUACCGGCUCCUGCCAGACAUCACUCUGCUUGAACCUGUGGAAGGUGAGGCAGCUGAGGAAUUGAGCAGGUGCUUCUCACCAGGUGUAAUUGAGGUGCAGGAAGUACAAGGUCAAAAGUUGGCCAGGGUUGCCAAUGCUCGGUUGGAUACCUUCAGCAGAGAAAUCUUCCGGAAUGAGAAGCUGAAGAAGGCUGUGCGCCUUGCACGUGUUCGGGACCAUUAUAUCUUUUCUGUCGAGUCCACUGGAGUGUUGCCACCAGAUGUGUUGGUGAGUGAAGCUAUCAAAAUACUGAUGGGGAAGUGCCGGCGGUUUUUGGAUGAACUAGAUGCAGUUCAGAUGGACUGAUGUUUCCAGGAUAGCCUGGCAGCUUCUGGAUUCCAACUGUUCACCACUGCACUCUGCAAUUCUCAGUCAAUACAUUUUAUGAAAUGUGCCACAGAUUAAGACUAAUGCCUUUGUAAGGCCUUUGAUGUAAAUAAAGUGAUAUCCUAGCAAAAAAUUU